AUGUUACGUCCCAAUCCAUACACAAUUAGCGGCACCCAUUCCUCCGAGUCUUGGGAUGAGGACCCGAUAGCCCGUGUCCAACAUGAUCGACAGCAUUACGAUCAUGAUGGAUUUUCCACAUCUGGGAGUGGUGAUGGCGCGUUGAUGUUCUGUGAACCAGAUUCAUCGUGUGAAAGCAUAACGAACCCUUUCACUUGCUCACCUGAAGACUCUACCACCACCCCUCCAAGUCUUAUGGGCCCGCCCUUGCGUGAAUUUUCACCUUCUCCCGUCAGCGGCUGCGGUGCUACAAAGCAUAGAUCUGGCUCGGAGUUGUUACCAAUCACUGCUCCAGCCAUCAAGAAGAAGACUUGUGCACCUGGCCUCCGACGUGAUGGCGCGGUCGAGCAGUUCGAGUGGACGAGCCUCCUCAGCGAGUCACAGCGCAGCCCAUGGGCUACAAAGUAUAGCGAUAGGGGUAAGGCCUAUAAGGACCUUCAGCUGGACAGGGAGAAUGUAAUGCUCCAGGGCGCCAUUGACUUGAAAGUCGAAGCCGGCUGCGCAGGUGGCGAGGCUAUGACAUUGCAAGUCAAAGCCUCUCCUGCUGUGAACGUUCGUUUGACGACGAAGAGGGGGGUGGAUUGCGCCAACCUCCCCCACUCCAACAAGGAGAACGGUGGUCCAGCUCCAAAGCGCAUCUGUCGGGAGAAAACCGGCACCGACUGGCAGACGGUCCUUGACCUUGUUAAGUAUGGCCAAGAACGGGACGGCGAUGGCAAGGGCAGUGGGUCGAAUGGCACUCGCGCUGAGCAACCGCCGGUGCCACUUCCUUAA